AUGGUUACUGAGAUGCGAGAGCUUCGGCCUCCGGAUGGUAUCGUGGUCGCUUCCGUUGAUGGUGGGCCACUCUUCGACUGUCGUGUGCCGGGACGUUCCUUAAAAUUCGGUCUAUUCAAUACGGCCCAAGAUUUCCAUCGGCAUUUACGAAUGGGCAUGGAGUUCGAUCCCGGGCUUGACCCCCAUAUCCAGGAUCUUAUCAAUCAACACGGCAAAACGUGGCCUUCAGUCUUCACUCAUGGGGAUCUUAGCAGCCUAAAUAUUCUUAUCCAUAAAGAUACUAUUGUUGGAAUAAUCGAUUGGGAAACAGCGGGCUGGUACCCAUCAUACUGGGAGUACACAUCAGCCCACCAAGUCAACCCACAAAACUCCUUUUGGGUUCAUGAGAUUGACAAGUUCUUACAGCCAAUGCCUGAAGAGCUGGGCAUGGAACGGGUCCGUCAAGAGCACUUUGGAGAUACAUGA